UUAAAUAAUUACUGAAAAAGGUCCGUCCGUGUGGGCGGUGCUACUGGAGGAGUUUAUUCACACUGACUGCAGUUUCACUAAACCACUUUACAACAGACCUGCAACACGUUUGACUUUUUCAAGAGUGCCAGGACUGAUUAUUAUAAUUUCUGUUGUGUAAAACCACUUAGAGAACUAUACUGAAGAAAAUGUUUGAUUUGUUUAUUUUCUUCUGUUUGUUCUCCUGGAGUCUGGCUGGAGUGUUUGGUGUUGAUGAAGUGAAGUCAGUGUCAGUGACUGAGGGAGAAUCUGUCACUCUAAACUCUGAUACUGAAAUACAGACAGAUGAUAUGAUAAUGUGGAGAACUGUACACAACAACAGUCUCAUAGCUAAAAUCAAUGGAAAGGACAAGAAGACAGAUUUUCCUGAUGAGAGACUCAGAGACAGACUGAAGCUGGAUGAGAAGACUGCAUCUCUGACCAUCAUGAACAUCAGAACCACAGACUCUGGACUUUAUAGAGUAACCAGCAGCAGAUCAAAGACACCGCUCAACAUGUUCAAUCUUACCGUCUAUGCUCGUCUGUCAGUUCCUGUCAUCAGCAGAGACUGUUCCGUUCUCAGACUGUACCAGAAUUGUUCACUGCUGUGUUCAGUGUUGAAUGUGAGUCAUGUGACUCUCUCCUGGUACAAAGGAAUCAGUGUAUUGUCCAGCAUUAGUGUGUGUGAUCUCAGCAUCAGUCUCUCUCUACCUCUGGAGGUGGAAUAUCAGGAUAACAACACAUACAGCUGUGUGCUGAACAAUCCCAUCAGCAACCAGACCACACAUCUGGACAUCACUCAACUCUGCAAGACAUGUUCAGCUGUGAUCCGAUUGGCUCUCUCCGCUCUGGUGGGCGUGGCUACUGUUGCUGUUCUGGUUUAUGACGUCAGAUCCAGAAGUCUUCAACAGAAGAAGAGAGAGCAAACACCAUCAAACUCUGAUUAAUCAGAUACUUAGGAAAGUGGAGAUGUUCUUAAAUGACUGUAGGCAAUAUAUUAAAAGAAAUCCUUUGAGUAAGUUGCAUUCAUGAAUAA